AUGGACGAUUUCGAUGCACUACCCCAGAGUACUCGCGAAAAGAUAGACCGUGCAUUUGACCGAGCUAGCUCAUACUACAAGUCUCUACGCUCUUCAGAGCCGUCUGCAUCUGCCGGUGGUUUCAUAGUUGAUGACGCCCCUGCUCCCGGCGGAUUCCUGUUAGACGAUGCCCCCGGCGGCUUCCUUCCACCAUCGCCACCUGCCGGUGGAUUUCUACCUCCAUCACCUCCUGCUGGCGGAUUUCUUCCGCCAUCUCCUCCCGCAGGAGGUUUCUUACCCCCUCCAUCAUCUUCACGAGCAAACGGCGCGCGGUCUCUUGAGGACGUGAUCACGCUCUCGGAGAUCGCACACGCCCUGCAAAUUCUUGACUUGCCUCCCGACGACGAUGAAGUGCUGUCGGUUUUCAGAAAUGCGGCUACAGGAUGGGGUGCACGGUCGAGAGACGUCGAUGCAGGAGAACAGGAACAGACGGUCACGCGAAAGGAUUGGCGCGCGGUGUGUAGCGCUCUCCUAGGAGGGGGCGAAGACGAUGAUGACGACGAGGAUAUCCAAGUCGAAGAAUCGCAAGAAGCUGCAGAAGCGAUAGAGGACGAAGACGUGCCCAUGGAGGUAGCAGAGUCUGAGGGCGACGCCUCGUCUGACGAAUACGUCGAAGAGGCCCCACAGCCAAAACGCAAGCGCGGUGCUGCAUCGAAGACUCCAGCCCGCAAGACACGAAAGAAGAAGAUUGAGCUGGCCGACUCUGAUGACGACGAGAAUCCGCUCAAUCGACCACUCACGGCACGGCAGAAACGCGAGUGCUUGCAUGCGUUCUCUCUUUUCUUUCCUGGUAUCGAGGAAGACGCGGUCAAGCGACGGCGUAUCGGCAUCAAGGAGCUCACUCAAGCGUCCGAUCUACUGAAGGAGAAGACGAAUGUAGAAGAGAUGGUCGAGAUGCUAGAGGCUUUCUCAAGCACUCCUGACAAGACUAUGGGUCUGGCUGACUUCGAGAAGAUGAUGGUUACAACUCGUAUGGUAUAG